GGUCUCAACCCGCUCGCGCGCGGUUCAGGAAGAACCCCCCCGCGCUCCGUCCCCCCGCACCAGGCGGCGGAGGCGCCUGGAGGGGUGGUCUCCUCCUCCUGUUCCCGUCCUCCCCCCUCGCCGCCGAUUGCGGUCCACCAAGGCCGCCGCUUCCCCGCUCCAAGCUCUCCCAGAGCCGGAGAGGAAGAAGAAGACGACCAAAAAGGAGGAUCCUCCUUCAGAAAUGGAGGCAAAAGAGGAAGAGGCCGAAGAUGGCGACAAGGGCGUCUUCUUCGAAGAGGAUGCAACCUAUUACCGCGACACUGACCCGCAACAACGCCCUGCCAAUGUGCUACUGAAGAAGAUCGAGGACGCAAAGGCCGAGGCUAUGGCCGAGGCCCGCCAGGGUCUGCUUCCUGCCCUCUCUCCCCCCUCCAUGCCCGCCGUGCCCGCCGUGGCCGUCGCGCCCGUCGCGCCUUCCCAGACGCCGCCACCUGCCUCUAUUCAAAACACAGCGACUUGGAGCAUCAAUCGUCUCUUCUCUUGGAUUCCAGGCUUCCGAACCCCUGAAGCGACACCGCCAAAACAACUCACUGCCCAAGUGGCCGCAGAGAUCAAACAGAGCCUUACACCCACCGAGACCGAAAAUAGCACACAGAUGACACCCAUCCGCGCAAAGAAGCCUGCGAAGAAACCCGCGAAGAACAGCGCAAAGAAGACCGCCAGGAAGCGCGAUGGACAAGCAUCCGACCGUGGCCUCAUCGUGAAGCGGGUCCUCAAGGGUGUCGCCCAGGAAGAGAAGCCAAAGGCGAAGGCGUGGGUCAAGGAUACGAUGAAGAAGAUCGAAGCAGGUUCAGCAACCAUCGGCAACAAGCGCAAGCUACUCGAGCAAGGAAUGAAGAUGAAAGACCUGGGGGAAAUUCCAGCACGACUACCCUGGCAGUCCUCCGGCACAUACGGCUUGCAAGAUGCAUUCUUCGAUUACAGCUCCGACGAAGAUGUCGACGUCCCAGACUACUAUGUACUCGACAUGCUCGCGAAAGGAAAGCCCCAGAGGAAACGUCGCAAAAUCCGAACCAACUUAUACCCGGAUGAUGACGUUCGAUCUCUGAACGAUAUGCAAUCAGAAGAUAAAGUCGACACUCAGGGUAACCCGAGCUCCCAAAUUAAGCUCCCAGCAGAUGAGGUCGACACCCAUGGCAACUCCAGCUCACAGAUCGACCUACAUCCACGUCCAUCACAUCAACCGUCCCCAAUGUUCAGUAACGAAGACCACGUGUAUCAGGGCGGCAACGUAUUUCAACAGAACACAACACCGACUACCCCGACCCGCGAUCGUGAGGCUAUCCAGAAGGAGCUUAAGCGCACCGGACAUGUUGAGGGUACUGGCACUUUCUGCGUUCCCGAAGGUGACUCCGAUUCUUCCGAUGACUCUCUUAGCCCCGAGGAGCCCAUGACACCAGUUUGGACGCAAUCCCCACCACCAGCUCCAACCCCCGCUCACGCCACCCUUCCAUCUCCUCUCACUACCACUGAGGAUGAAGACCCAGUGAGGCUUCAACGCGCGAAAUAUACAAAGCACACGCCCGCCAAGCCGUCCAAGCUUAGGCAGGCGAUCAUGCCUUCACCGAGUGCGUUUUCGGAGGGUCUCGACGAUGAGAUGCCCGAUGCGGCUCCGAUUGACCUCAGUGACACCCAGUUAGAGGCUGCUGUCGAAGAGUACGUCAAUGACCCAUCCUUCCUGGCCAAGAAUGCUUUUGCUUUCGGGGGUUCGUCAGUGAAGUUGGUUUAUGACGAGGACGAUGAGGAUGAGGAGUACUAGAAAAGUGUGUUUUCCUUUUUUUCCUUUUUUCCUUGUUUAUUUAUUUCAGAUUCCCUGUGGGAAGCAUGGCUGGGUACGGGCGUUUUUGCAUUGUCUGGUGUUGGUUUGUGUUUUUUUGCGGUCGCCAAUCCUAGUACCCGCCUGAUCUCCCUUAUGGGUGAGAUUGGCGUGUGUGAAUGGGUGUGGCGUACCUGUUCUGGCCUUUUGGCAAUUAUGUUUGUAAUUGCGACUGAAUUAGGGGCUUUGUCCUGCUUCUGUCUUUCUUUGUGUGAUCUCCUCCCGGGUUGAGAUUCACUUAGAGAAGCAGAAGUGACACUUCUAAUGUAUCCCUUUGUUCGACAGUCGUUUUGUGUGUUUGUCUUGUAAUGUGACGAUGUGACGAUGUGACGAUGGGGUAAUGCUGUAUUGUCAUGCUGUUGAUGCUUUGGGAAUAGAGAUUGCAG